AUGGCGAGACACCGCGUCAGCGCCCCGGCGCAGCAGCCAGUCCUCAAGGGAACCUUCUAUGACCCGGUGCCGAUUGAAUACGCCGUGGGAAAUCAGACUAGUCGCAAACCCGAGCCAGCGGUGCGUCCAGAUAUGGCAAGCGACGGCAAGACAAACGAGCAGAAUCCGUCAAUCGCAAGGAGCAUGUCUCGGUACCGUCGCAAUCGGCGCCCUAACACCAGUGGCGAUGCCCCGACGCCAACACCCGCCGUCCCAGAUCGCGCUCGCAACCAGCCCGUUCCUCCGGUCCCUGAUGUGACCUCCCAAACACUGGCGGCGGAAGUUCAUGCAAGGGAACAACAUCGACUGGACGCGAUGGCGCAGUUGACUGGCGGAGAUCAAUCGUCACGUUCUGCCAUCUCGCAAUAUGAAAAACAGGAAAAACAACCGCAGUCAAGGACCAAAGCGCAACCUGUGCCAACGCAUCAACAGACUAGCCGUGUCGACACCCGCAGUCACCACGACGCACGUCCCGCGAGCGGUGACAACCGCAAGUCCUUGCUACAGAAGAUGAAAUUGUCCAAGAGCAGCAAGACACCACUCCCAAAUGAGCCCGUGCCAAGAUACAUCGGAGUGGGUGGAAGGGGGAUUGUUCCUGGGACUGACGCUCCGGUCUCGGCUGUCAACGCCGGAGAGCGCCAAGUACUUGUGCAGUAUAGUGACGUUUCGAACCAUCUAGUGGUGACACCAUCUACACGGGUCAAUGAUCUUCUCCAGACCGCCGUUCGCGAGCUUUCUCGCGAUAUUGACCCUGAGAAAUUUAUCUGCAUUGAAUCCUUCCAUCAAGUUGGGUUAGAACGAUCUUUACGUCGGUAUGAGCGUGUACGGGAUAUCAUGAACUCUUGGGCUCAUGAUGCCGACAACCGCCUCGUGAUCGUCCCUCCUUCAAGCAUGGAAGCUCUGGCCCAACUCGAGUCCCAUCAAGUCCCCACCGAAAAGCCCGCCGAAACGACCGUAUACCUCUACCAUUCCCAGCGCCCCGGCAAAUGGGAUAAGCGUUAUGUGACAUUACGACCCGAUGGCCAAGUGGUAAUCGCCAAAAAGGAGAACUUAAAAGAUUCUACCAGUAUCUGCCAUCUGUCCGACUUUGACAUCUACUGUCCCAGUGCACGUGCGAUGGCCAAAGAGAUCAAGCCGCCUAAGAAGAUCUGCUUCGCGAUUAAAAGUCAACAGAAAUCUUCCAUGUUCCUUUCAACAGACAAGUUUGUGCAUUUCUUCAGCAGCAAUGACCGCGACACUGCCGACAAGUGGUUUCGAGUUGUCCAGCGCUGGCGAAGUUGGUACUUAGUGAAUCAGCUAGGUGCCGCGGAACAGACCGAAAGCGAGGCAACCUUGCCAAAGCGAUCCCUUACCCAGAAAGGAUCACAAAGGCACCGAAAGGCGGCUAAUGAUGUGCCGGUACCAUUGUUGGAUCUCACUGACUCUGAGCCAAUAAGGCCCACCGGCAACUCCAUCGAUUGCCCCCGGCCAUCGGCCUCGAAGGACAUCGUCUCUCGCAAGAAGACGGUGCGCGAGCAUGCAUCGCCGCCGCCAUCAUUCCCCCAGACGCUGUCACUCGAUACUGGCACCGCUGGACAAGCAGAUGACGGCCCACUCGUGCAGGGCGUGCGACCUGACGAAGUUGAAGCAGCGACUUUCUCUCCCACCGGCUUACUGGGCCGCUCGUAUACCCAGCGAAAACAAGCGAUGAAUGAGCGCGAAGAACGAGAAAAGCGAGCGAACCAAGAGCUGUUUACGGCUCAGUCUUUUCUAGCCGAAAACCAUAACUACUCUCCCUCCGAUAUCAUUCAUCAACAGAGCGGUCGUACCGCCACAAUGACUAGCACGGCACCACCAGGCCUCAGCCGGAAUAAGUCUGUCAGCCAGAAACAACAACAAAAACCUUUAGUCGACUUGACCCCAGUUUUCCAAGAGCCACCGCAACACACGCGAAAGGGCCGUGGCGUCAAGGUGGGCGCAGGCACACAACUGAUCGACGCCGCCACAGGCCCUGAAUUGGCCGUAGGCACCGUGAAUAUCCCAUCCGCAACAGCCUGGCGUCGUCCCACGAAUGAGUUACCCACACAAAGUCGAUACCGCUCGAACACAGCCCGCAGUGUCCGACACGGCACAGAGCCCAAGCCGUCCAGUUCUGGCUCCGGACACGCCAGCCCAGCCUCACCAAGCAACCCAUUCGUAUCGAAUACAUUGCUAGCUAAUUCUGCCUCUCGUCAAGCGAGCAGUACCCAUACCAAACCCUAUACUGGCCACGGUGUGGCAACUGGAGACCGAAACGCCCCCCGUCCAAUGCUCGAUAUGUCACCAGAAAACCCCUUCGCGGAGGGCAGUCUCCUGCGACAGCUUUGA